GUCACUCCACUCAAUCUACUCCAUUUUUUCUGCCCUACAGCCUUUUCUAUCCUUUGCACGCGUUUUCCUCCAAUGAUUCCCUAUCAACAAUCGAUCUGCCUAUCUUUUACUCCAUCAAACUUUCAUAUGGCCCAUCUGCUAUGGAAAUGCACACGUUUUACGUUUUACGUUUCAUCUGAGCCAUGAUUGUUUCGUAUACUCCGUGUGUCUAAGAAAGACACGAGGCCGAUAAAGUUAUGGGGCAAACCAAAAAAAAAUGAUCGAGACUUGUCUAUUUCCAUUCCUCGUAACAUAUCAUAUGGCGGAAAUCAGGGCA